AACAACCAGGCAUGGAGCACCACCUCAUCCUUCACCUGUUCUUGCCUCUGAUGUUCCUAACAGGUGAGAGAGGUUAACUUCUUGGUUUCUGGUGGGAAUGGAAGAUAUAUGUUUGGAAUUGGGACUAUUAGGGUUAAAAUUAUUUGGGAGUCAGGGUAGGAAGUUAACAGUAAUUCUACAUUUCACGUGUGUGUGUGUACACGUGUGCAUUCUUAUGCCCCUACAUGACUGCCUCAAUAUUGAGACUGGCAGGGACUGAAGCUGCCUUGGACCUUGCUAAGAUUUGUAUUUAAUUACAUAAAACCUUUGUCCUAACCCCUGUAGGAGUGAGUAGAUAGAAAAGAAACGUGAUGUGGCCAUCCACGUGGCUAGUCUGAUUCCUAUUAUUUCCUUCCCUACUUCUCUGUACCCUUGGUGGUCCCUGGGCCUGAGGCAUAACUGACUGUGUGGUCAGAACUCUGGGUUUAUCUUAACCAAUGAAAUUACAGUUCCUUGUCAUACAUCCCAGUCAAUUUUCUGGAUGCAAAAAGGCUCACAUAUAAGAUACUUUCUGAAAAUGAGCAUGGUUUGGGGCAGCACUAUAGCCAUUGGUAGUGGUGGUUGGAGGGAAGCCUGAGAGGAGUUGCUUGGAAGUAAGGAGUAAGAAACAGUUGGGGAAAGAACCAUGGGAGGGACAACAGGCCUGGAAUUUUUCCUUGCCAGUGCUCUGUAAUCUUUGUUUCCUAAAAUACCAGCUCUGAUUUUAAAGAGAUUGGAGUUGGAAGGGAAGAAUCAUCCAGGGCAUGAUUGGGGGGUCUUUAGAGUGGCCCCAAGGUUGAGGAAAGCAUGGAGGUAAGCAGGGGGCAGUUAGGAGGGUAGAUGAGUUAAAAAGGAAGCAAGUUGUGGGAAACUGUGGAGUGAUGGGACCCUUGGCAGGGAUGGAUGGCAAACUGUGUGUGUGGGCAGGAGGGUGGCCCCACCCAGUUAAUUACCACUGAGGUUUCCAGGACUAGAAUCAACCAGGGACCUAGACAUUGGAGAAAGACUGAGAGUGUAAAAAUGACACUGGGAGUCAAGAAGAGAUAGAGAAAGAGAGGUCCAGUGUUCCUUAGCUUCAUUUCCUUGCCCCUGUGAUCCUGGGUCUUGGGGGGAAUUUGGAAGGAAUGCUUGUUCUGGGGCUGCAGAAAGGCCUUCUCUUUCUUUUUGCCAUCACAGUUUGGGGAGGAGAAUGUGUAGGAGGAAUGAUGUAGAAAAGAGUAACUUGACCUUUCUAGACAUGUCUGUGAAUGGGAUUUCAGGGUUGGGAGUGGAAAUACAGCUGUACGUCAGCCUGGCAAAGGGCCGCAGGUUAGACAUCUGCACACAAACAGGAAGGGAAUCAUCCUUACUCAGGGCUCAGAGUACAUGACAUUGACAGAGGCCAGGAGAGCUUAUGAGUGAAAAAGCAGGCAGGUAGACUGAGAUAAAGACGUUCCCUCAUGCUUCUCUCUGGCUAUGCCUCUUUAGACAUUCAUUAACUCUGACCACUUUGUGCUAACCUUAUGAUCCUGGCCCACAGGUCUCUGCUCUCCCUUUAACCUGGACGUGCAUCACCCACGCCUAUUCCCAGGGCCACCAGAGGCUGAAUUUGGAUACAGUGUCUUACAACACAUUGGGGGUGGACAGCGAUGGUGACUAUCAACUGGGAAAUUCAUCUCAUCCUGCCGUGAAUAUGCACCUGGGGAUGUCUCUGUUAGAGACCGAUGAUGAUGGGGGAUUCAUGGCCUGUGCCCCUCUCUGGUCUCGUGCUUGCGGCAGCUCUGUCUUCAGUUCUGGGAUAUGUGCCCGUGUGGAUGCUUCAUUCCGGCCCCAGGGAAGCCUAGCACCCACUGCCCAACGCUGUCCUACGUACAUGGAUGUUGUCAUUGUUUUGGAUGGCUCCAACAGCAUCUACCCCUGGUCUGAAGUUCAGACUUUCCUACGAAGACUGGUAGGGAGACUAUUUAUUGACCCGGAGCAGAUACAGGUGGGACUGGUACAGUAUGGGGAGAGCCCUGUACAUGAGUGGUCCCUGGGAGAUUUCCGAACCAAGGAAGAAGUGGUGAGAGCAGCAAGGAACCUCAGUCGGAGGGAGGGACGAGAAACAAAGACGGCGGAAGCAAUAAUGAUGGCCUGCACAGAAGGAUUCAGUCAGUCCCGUGGGGGCCGACCUGAGGCUGCCAGGCUACUGGUAGUUGUCACUGAUGGAGAAUCACAUGAUGGAGAGGAGCUUCCUGCAGCACUAAAGGCCUGUGAGGCUGGAAGAGUGACGCGCUAUGGGAUUGCUGUCCUUGGUCACUACCUUCGGCGGCAGCGAGAUCCCACUUCUUUCCUACGGGAAAUUAGAGCUAUUGCCAGUGAUCCAGAUGAGCGAUUCUUCUUCAAUGUCACAGAUGAGGCUGCACUGACUGACAUUGUAGACGCACUAGGAGACCGGAUUUUUGGCCUUGAGGGGUCCCAUGGAGAAAAUGAAAGCUCCUUUGGGCUGGAAAUGUCUCAGAUUGGUUUCUCCACUCAUCGGCUAAAGGAUGGGAUUCUCUUUGGGAUGGUAGGGGCCUAUGACUGGGGGGGCUCAGUGCUAUGGCUUGAAGAAGGCCACCGCCUUUUCCCCCCACGAACGGCCCUGGAAGAUGAGUUUCCCCCUGCAUUGCAGAACCAUGCAGCCUACCUAGGUUAUUCUGUUUCCUCUAUGCUUUUGCGGGGUGGACGCCGCCUCUUUCUCUCAGGAGCUCCUCGGUUUAGACAUCGAGGAAAAGUCAUCGCCUUCCAGCUUAAGAAAGAUGGGGCUGUGAGGGUCGCCCAGAGCCUCCAGGGGGAGCAGAUUGGCUCAUACUUUGGUAGUGAGCUCUGCCCACUGGAUACGGAUAGGGAUGGAACAACUGAUGUCUUACUUGUGGCUGCCCCCAUGUUCCUGGGACCCCAGAACAAGGAGACAGGACGUGUUUAUGUGUAUCUGGUGGGCCAGCAGUCCUUGCUGAUGCUUCAAGGAACACUUCAGCCAGAACCCCCCCAGGAUGCUCGGUUUGGCUUUGCCAUGGGUGCUCUUCCUGAUCUGAACCAAGAUGGCUUUGCUGAUGUGGCUGUGGGGGCACCCCUGGAAGAUGGGCACCAGGGAGCGCUGUACCUGUAUCAUGGAACCCAGAGUGGGGUCAGGCCCCAUCCUGCCCAGCGGAUUGCUGCUGUCUCCAUGCCACAGGCCCUCAGCUACUUUGGCCGAAGUGUGGAUGGCCGGCUAGACCUGGAUGGAGAUGAUCUGGUAGAUGUGGCUGUGGGUGCCCACGGGGCAGCCAUCCUGCUCAGCUCCCGGCCCAUUGUCCACCUGACCCCAUCACUGGAUGUGACCCCACCAGCCAUCAGCGUGGUUCAGAGGGACUGUAGGCGGCGAGGCCAGGAGGCAGUCUGCCUGACUGCAGCCCUUUGCUUCCAAGUGACUUCCCGCACUCCUGGUCGCUGGGAUCGUCGAUUCUACAUUCGGUUCACAGCAUCACUGGAUGAGUGGACAGCUGGGGCACGUGCAGCAUUUGAUGGCUCUGGACAGAGGCUGUCCCCUCGGCGGCUCCGCCUCAGUGUGGGGAAUGUCACUUGUGAGCAGCUGCGCUUCCAUGUGCUGGAUACAUCAGAUUACCUCCGGCCAGUGGUCUUGACUGUGACCUUCGCCUUGGACAAUACCACAAAGCCAGGGCCUGUCCUGGAAGAGGGCUCACCCACCUCUAUACGAAAGCUGGUUCCCUUCUCCAAGGAUUGUGGCCCUGACAAUGAAUGCAUCACAGACCUGGUGCUUCAAGCUAAUAUGGACAUUAGAGGCUCCAGGAAGGCCCCAUUUGUGGUUCAAGGUGGCCGACGGAAAGUGCUGGUAUCUGCAAUUCUGGAGAACAGAAAGGAAAAUGCCUACAACACUAGCCUGAGUCUCAGCUUCUCUAGAAACCUCCACCUGGCCAGUCUCACUGCUCAGAGGGACAGCCCAGUAAAGGUGGAAUGCACAGCCCCUUCUGUUCAUGCCCGGCUCUGCAGUGUGGGUCAUCCUGUAUUCCAGACUGAAGCCAAGGUGACCUUUCUGCUAGAGUUUGAGUUUAGCUGCUCCUCCCUGCUGAGCCAGGUCUUUGUAAAGCUGACUGCUACCAGCAAUAGCCUGGAGAGAAAUGAGACCCUUCAAGAUAACAUAGCCCAGACCUCAGCCUACAUCCAAUAUGAGCCUCAUCUCCUGUUCUCUAGUGAGUCCACCCUGCACCGCUACGAGGUUCACCCAUAUGGGACCCUCCCAGUGGGCCCUGAAUUCAAAACCACUGUUAGGGUUCAGAACCUUGGAUGCUAUAUGGUCAGUGGCCUCACCAUCUCAGCCCUCCUUCCAGCUGUGGCCCAUGGGGGCAAUUACUUCCUAUCACUGUCUCAAGUCAUCACUAACAAUGCAAGCUGCACAGUGCAGAACCUGACUGCUCCCCCAGGGCCCCCUGUGCAUCCAGAGGAACUUCAGCACACACACAGACUGAAUGGGAGCAAUACUCGGUGUCAGGUGGUGAGGUGCCACCUUGGGCAGCUGGCAAAGGGGACCGAGGUUUCUGUUGGAUUACUGAGGCUGGUUCACAAUGAAUUUUUCCGGAGGGUAAAGCUUUCUUUUUCUACUAUUCUCCUCUUCUAUUCCUAUCUGGAAUUUUAACAUAGGUUUUGAAGGUAGACAGACCCAUGUUCAAGUUUUGCUUUUGCAUCUUAUUAGCUUUGAU